AACGCGCCUGACUGAUUUGCCUGACACUCGGAAAUUCGCGCGUGUGCCUGGUUGUUACUCCUCGCCUUUAAGCGGUGUAUAUUUGUUUUCUUAGUGAAUAUCUUUUUAUCUCUAAAAAAAAUACUGAAAUUUUAUAUAUUUUUCUAUAAGUGCAAAGGAUUUCAUCAGCUUAACGGGCCAGCUUAACGGUCAUGAAGUUAUUGGACGUUAUUGUUUAUCUCAUUUCACUUUUAAUCUUCAUAUACAUUCUUUUGGAAUAAGUUGUGUGUGUGUGUACAUACUCGUAAUAGAAUUUGGCGUAUUUAGAAAAAAAUAUAUUUUUAAUUCAAAAAUAACUAUACCCACUGCCUCUAGCGGUUUAUUAUCGAGCAAAAUUAAUGAAAUGAAGCUCCUUCCUUCAAUUUGCAUCCUUAUCACCGCACUGACCCUCAGCUCAGCGGAACCACCAAUCGGUAAACGUCACUUAGGCUAUCCACUUUGGGCUGGUAAGAGUGCUAAGCAAAUCGCGCUCAAUCGCAAUAAGGCCGGUCUCGCUGGUGCCAAACAACGAACCUUGGUAGUGCAGAUACGGAGCGAUCAACCGGUACCGCUGGUACUCAAAGGUGGACGCAAUUCACAGCAACAACUACGACAUGGUCCAAAUCAUUUACGCGGUAUUCGACCGGUUAAAUUGACCGGUCCAGUUUAUUUGAAAGCUGGACCCAUUGGACAUAAGCCAUUGCAGCGCAAGCCAUUGAAGAUCAAGUUAGCUAGUACGAAGCCGAAGAAUAAGCCUGCAACUAGUUAUGAGGUGCCGUUCCGGUUUGAAGUGCCAACAACAAAUUCAAUCGCCUAUCCACCGUUGGGCAAUGAAGCGCAACAGCUGCCGUCGGAGACACAUCACAAUUUCAUCACCGAGCAUGAGCAUGACAACGAUCACUUUGCACCCAUACACACAAUACCCGCACCUAAUCUCUCCUUACCUGAAAAUCAUCCCCAGGAAGCUUACUUACCACCAAAAAUACAAUCACAAACUUACCAUCAAACCCUCACCAAUCAUAAUAUCGAGAAUCAGUAUCAGGUCACUGAAGACCAUAGCAAUGACCAAACCAUACGUGACCCACUCUCUGGCUCGCAGAAACUCUUCGCACCCGAUCCAGAUCCAUCACUGCCAGCUGCCCAACUGCGUCCCGCUACAGAGCCCUACAACCAGCCCAGCAACGGCAAACCACUACCGGUUGAUGUACAAUCCAACUACCUUGUACCCGCUCAACCCUUAGUGCAGAUAAUCGGCGCACAGGAGGUGGCCACACCCGAAAUAUAUCCAAUUCAAUUUACACAACAAGCGCAACUACAACCGUUGGUCAGUGCAAAUGUCGCCGCCGUGCACACUGCCUCGGCGCCCAUCUACGAUCCCACAUAUCUGGUCACGCAAUCAAACCAACUGUACACACAACACCAACAGCAGCUGUUCCAACCCAGCGCUAACCUUUUGCAAGCAGGCUACGUUAAUGCUGACCUUACACAGGAAAUAGCCAGUGAUGGUCAGAUCUUACAGGCUGCCAAAGAUCCCCAUCACAAUAUACAUCCGGUCUUGGAUAGUGCACCCCAAUUUGCAGCCCUUAUUGCGGCACCGGUCUUGGGCGAACAGUCCGCAGGACAUUAUAAUUUGCAGCCACAAGCUGCUGCAUUAACUGCUACAUCCGCGGCACCUGAAGGUGGCUUCGUUGUGUCCAAUUAUUAUGGUAAUGGUGGUUCAGAUAAUUCUCAGCUGUUACAGGCGUAUGCGGAGGAAGAAGCUCAACGCCUGGAAAUCGAAGCGGAGCAAGAAAAGCAACAGUAUGUUCUACAACAGCAGCAACAGCAUUUGUUGGCCUUGCAACAACAACAACAACAACAACAACAACAGCAGCAGCAGCAGCAAGAACAGGAACUACAACAACAGGAGUUGCAGCAACAGCAACAGAUACAUCAGCAAUUGCAAGAACAACAGCUACAACAACAAUUGCAUCAGCACCAGCAGCAGCAGCAGCAACAACAACAGCAUCAACAGCACCGUAACCAACUACAAUCGCUUGAUCCGGCCGCAGCUGCGUUCCAAGAGCACCAACGUUUAGUUCAACAGCAACUUGGUGCCGACACACCACUACGAAUAUUCGUUCCCGAUGAUGAAGCGGCAGGAGAGGCGCGUCUACAAAAACGCUCCGACAUGGUGAAAAGGGGCACAGUCGAGGACGCGAGCACGGCUAACGAUAAUACAGCAGCGCAUGACGAUCUCUUCGAGGUAUCGUCGUCCGUUGAAGUAUCAAAUGAGAACCAAAAAGACACCAUGACUGAUAAUAAAUAAUUGGAUCUGCGUUAUUGCAGUGGAACUCAUUUGGAAUAAAAUAACGAGCAAUAUAUAUAUAUGCGUGUGUAACAUAAUAUG